GUGAUGGAACCGUUUGGAGACACGAAUUGUAACUCGAUGAGCGACAGAUUAUCACUAUACGAGCGUUAUUUGCGGAGUUUCAAUGUGGUGGAUAGUUUUGUAAGCGAGAAUCGCGACGGUGAUCAAGAAACGCACCGUGAAUACGACAGUUCAUGUGACGGUAACGUCCAUUUGCCCGUAAAUAAACAUUACGAAGUAGAUAUUGAAUGCAAUCCGUCUAGAAUUGACGAGAAUAUCGAUAUAGAUAGACCUUUGAAUUUGGAGGGUGAUUAUUGUAAGGACAGCCGUCCGUCUCCAGGACCUUCACUGCUGGAGAAUUCUUCAGCCACUGCGGAGCAUAGCACUUUUACCGAGAAGUCUAACAAUACUGAUAUCCCAGUAUCAUCUGACGACUCAAAACCUGACUGUUUCAAACAACCAAUAUUUAUUACCUCAACAAUGGAGAACAGUAACAAUGCUGUAGACAGUGUGCCUUUGUUUCGUGACGUAAGACCCUCGGAGAGUGUCUUUAAACUGCCUAUUAGUGAAUUAUCAUUCAACGGAACCAUUAAGCAUAUUCAAAAACUGAAACCGAUUGUAGAUCCUAUAACUGAGCUUACCACUAGAAUAGCUCUAGACAAGGAAGAAAAGUCGCAAUCACUACAGCAAUCUAUAUUUGAUAACGAUAGCAAUGUGGCUAUUGAAUUGGACAAGAAUUCUACAUCUGAAAAGUCAAAUAUUUCAAGCACAAGCUCUGACACAAGUAAAACCUUGGUAGAGAAAACAAAUGACAGCACAGGUGAUUCACAAUAUGAAGAAUGCAACAAAAAUGGUCAGUCCGUGGUAAAUGAAGAUAGCGUAAAAUGGAACUCUGACCAGAGUUAUUCAUCCCUAGAAGCAUCCUUUGACAGUGGUGUGAGAUCUCCAGAUAUGUUUUCCGAUGGGGAUGAUGAUAGGGAGAUACAGGAAGCUCCAGCACCAUUCUGGGCCUUUUUAAAAGAUGUAGAGACUUUUGACAGGAGGAGAGUCAGGAAACUUGAGGAAACCCUCCAAGGAGUACUACCACCACCUUCAGUGACGACCGUCAAAUUAGAUGUCACAGAUAUGCUUAAAAAGUAUUACUGUUUCCUACCCGCCUUUCAAGAAAGCACAAAAGUUGCAGAACCUUCUACAACGCCCUCUAAGAGAGUGUCAUUUGUUCAUAUACCAGAAAUAAUGUAUAAGUCGGAAGUUACUACAGAAAUUAAAACAGAGAAUCAUGCAGAAGUUCUUGAUAAACAUUCUGUAGAUGUAGAAAAAUCAGACGAUUCGAAAGUGAAUUCAAUAUCUAAAGAGAUAAAGUCUGAAUUAGAUACGAGUGCGGAUAAAACUAUUGAUUUGAAAAUGUGUUGUGAGAUUGAAGCUAAGGAGAGUGCAUGGCCUGAAGCCUUGAAAUGCCGAUAUCAUGAUGUAUACUAUAACUUGACCCCAUACUCGGAAAAAUUCGAACUACUAGCCCUUCGCUACGGCGAGAGAUAUGUCGGAGUUGAAACGGACACCAGUGUCAACGUCCACUCCGGUAGCUCACAGUCGCCUAGCAGUGCCAGCAAGAGGAGGGCUUUGAGACUCAAAUUGGCUCAAACCAAAUCACCUGGUCGUCGUCUGUCCCAUUUGGCCCGUCGGCGACAAGCGUUCUGCAACGCAGCUACCAUCAGCGAGAAAGCUCACUCAUCCACUGCUAAGAUGGUCUAUAUUGACAAGAAUUACUUCCCACACAGAAAGCUGAUCAGCUCUGCCGAACGAAAAAGCCCCAGAUACCGCCGUACACCAGGCAAAAAGACUCCCACACGCAAAACACCAGGCAAGAAAACGCCCGGAAAAACUCCCAAAAGCUCCACUAAGAAAAAGGCAAUGAGAAGAUUGAUAAUGGACGAAAAUCGAUCACAAAGUGAGCACGUAACCAGAUCGCAACCAAGAGAGAACUUUAUAAAACGAGCUCUAUUCAUAAGUCCGGAGAAUCGAAAAUCAGUACCACAAGCACCUUGUACCUCUGUUCCUACACAGGCAAUGAAAUCCCGAAGAGCUUUAUUCGGUUCUCCAAUAACAGCUGAGACGAAAAGCUCAGAUGGUACUCAGAGCGACCAGUUUCUGAAGCGAAAGAGGAGUUUCGAUGAUGUAGGGGAAAAUAAUAGAAGUAAAAUCGCGAAGAGUCUUUCUUUUGGAGGCGACAGCAUUGGUACGGAGCAGAGCUCGACGCUGUAUCGACGAUCGUCGGAGGUCUUUGCUAGCAAAAAUAGCGUGGAUUUGAAUGAGACGCAUAAGAAGAAACUCCUGUGGGCCGUGUCGGAAGCGCUGCGCGUGCACGGCUGGCGCAUGUCGUCGCCCGGCUUCCGCGAGAAGGCGUCGUGUCUGGCGCGACUCACGCGUCGGCUGCUCACGCUGCCGCCGCACGCCGCCAGGUUCGCUGCGCCCAAGGCCUCCACUUCCGAGACUAUGCUCAAGUUGGCUCGUCAAUACGUAUUUGCAAUAAUCCAGGGGCGCUCCGUCGAAGACUGCUUUCAAGAGGAACAAAUGAAGAUUGCAAACGAAUCGUCAAAAGUCACCGGCUACAUAUCAGCCACAGCCUAUCAACAAUUAAAAUCCAAGGCCAGUACGUCCUCUUUCACCUCACAGAUUAAAGAAAAUUACGUCGUUAAUGUUAAACAGGAACAACCUAGGAGUGCUUCGAAGAAUAUCUUACAGGACAAACUUGUUAAUAUAGACUCGAGCUCUAAUUCCAGUAGUGGAAUGUCCAUGAUAGAUAGAAUGGAUAAAAGCGCCCUUUUCAAGUCCAACUCGAUGCCUUCGUUCGAGGAAGCGGCAAAGAUGCGAGCUAAGAGACAGAUAAGCUUUGACAACGUUGAGUUCCCUAAGAGGUGAGGUUUCUAAUUAUAAGUAGAUUGUUAUUGAUUACUGACUAGUUGUAUAUAACUCAUUUAUAAAAAACACGGGUUGUAUAUUAACUGGCAGUAACAAAAUAGUCUAGUGUCUGUACUGAUUUUUAUACAUGCGUAUGCAUUAAUUCUACGGACGUGUAUUAAUGGAUCAAACUCAAAAUGAUAUUCACUUUAGUAUAAAGGUUUAGGUAAUUAUAGUCUGUCUUUUUUGAAGACGGAGUAAAAUAAGAGUUCAUUGCGAAAAAGUGUUGCCAGCAGCUAGUGAUUGCAGUCGAUAAAUAUUCGUAAUAAUUGAACUCUUCAUUUGAAUCAUCCUCGACCCAUUAUUCAUCCAAUUACUGAGUACAACAAUUAUAUAAUUAUUUUAAAUCAUUUUUGGUGCCAAGCCAUAAUGCCUCAUUAAAUACAUCAACAGUUUGUUUACAUUUAGUUUACGUAACGUUUAUAGUAUAGACAGGAUCAAGAAAGUAAUAUGAAGAGUCCAGGGAAAGAAUGACCAAAGUCACUUCAGGAGAUUUUUAGGAAAAAAGAAUUUGGAGAAUUUUUGAGUAUUGGUGAAAAAGUGCGUGUCAAAUACUACCUGAAAAAGUCAAAGCUAACAUAAAUGUAACGCUAUGUAAUCCAUUUUAACUAAAAAACAUUUUAAAUCAUUUUUAACUUUUCUACAUUGACAUUGAACCUUAUUAGCAUUUUUCUGAUUUAUGCAAAAUACGCUCAGCGUUGUGACGGUGUGACCUCCUGGCACCGUCAUCCCACCAUUUUAUCGCCUUUCACCGGUUC